AUGCAUCCACCCACGAACCGUCCGCCUUCUCACUACGCUCAUCUCUCAGACGCCUUGCAUCAUGCGUAUCACUUCAAGCACGAAUGGAUCAUGGUCGUCGAGGACGAUUUUGCCGUCUGUGGUGCGUGGGGCAUGGAAGGCAUCGUUCGCGUACUGCUCGAGCUAGGAUCGAGCCUCAUCGACAGCGCGGAUGCAGAUGUGCUGCACAGAUCAGGUAUCGUUGAUGACUCCUGGAAAGCUGGAGAGAAGAGACAUGCACAAUGGCGGGGUGCUUUCGUUGGUACCGGUGGAAGCGGGCUUAUCCUUCAUCACACGCUUCUUCCUACCGUAAUACGACUUCUCGAGCUUGUUGCCGGCCUUUCCGAGUCCGGCACGCCACUUCCGCGGACACCGCCUGACGUGCUCGUACAGCAAUGUCUGAGCGGCGAAAUCGCGCUUUGCACCGCAGUCGCCAAUCCGACCAUAUCUCCUAAAUACUCGCACUCCCAAAAAGAAGAGUUCGAGCGCAGCCCAUAUCCCACCUUGCUGCCUAUCGCGCCAACACUCGGCCUGCCGCCACUGGUGACGCCGUUUGCCCCGCCAGCGUUCCUAAUCUCGUCGCGGUUGCUGAUGUCGCAUACGGGCCAUGCACUAAGCACGGGAAACCGAUUCUAUCUUGAGGGACAGUGGGCGUGCGGAUGGAGGCAGCCGAUGCUGGGAAAUAGAGGCGUCAGUGUGGUCGUGGUCUGA